CGAUCUUCAUAAAAAUCGAAUCGCGUAAUGUGUGUCCUGUGUCCCUAUUUUGUUUUGUUGAGUUUUUGUUGUCACACUAUAAAUAAGAAUAACAGAAAUUAAUCUCCUAGUAUGUACUUUAAUAUCCUCUCAAAAACCCUAUUGAAAUCAUGUCAUUGAUAUCUAGUUUGGUAGAUAAAUUGAUAUCACGAAAAGAACAAGACUUUUGCCAGCUGUGUUUUAGUAACAUUGGACCAACAGCGAUUAAAAUUCAGGAUGAAGUGAUAGUAGAUAAAACGAAACCUCACCAUACUACAGAAAUGUCUGAAAUAUUGACCUUUAUUUUGGGCGGUCAUUUUUCGACUCGGUUAUCAGCAUUUGACUCAAUAUGUGGCACAUGCUCAGAAACAGCAAAGCUUACUUACAGUUUCAUUAAAACUUGUCAUGAAAACUCUGAACUCCUAGUAAAUUCUUUGGACACACUAAAUGAUUGUAUAGAAAACACACCUGCGGAUGUUAACAAUUUCAAUACCUUAUUUAUAGCGAUAGAUACGAAUGACUUUUCAAGUAAACAAUACUAUGACAGUAAAAAAAUAGUACAAACAAAAUCCACAGCACUUAUGAAGUACCGCUCACUAUUUCAUGGCACUAAAAAAUUGCAAGUUCAACAAAAAUGUCAGAAAGGGCACAGAUACAGCUCUGAGUUGCUUGAAAUAUGUGAUGUAAUUCGAGAGAAGAAUACACCAACUAAAUACAAAUGCAAAGUGUGUUCAAACAUAUUCAGUAAAUCAUUUAACUUCAAAAAACAUUUUUACAGCCAACAUUCACCUAAAGUAUUGAAAUGUGCUGAUUGUGACAAAAGUUAUGGAUCUGAAGCUUUGUUAAAACAACACCGAUAUGAUUGCCAUUCAAAAAUAAUGUGCAGUGAAUGUGGUAAAACAUAUACAAAUAGAUAUUCAUUGCUGUAUCAUAUUAGGCGUCAUACUGGAGAACAGCCUUAUAAGUGCAAGUAUUGUGGUUUAAAAUUUCAGUGGUCAUCUCGUAGGGCAGAACACAUACGCCGUUGUCACAUGGAGCCUGCUGUAGAGUGUGAUAUAUGCCAUCUUAAGUUCAGAACUUUAGGUUCUUUAUAUGACCAUAGGAAACGACAUUUUAAUCCAAACAGCAGACUGCAUGUAAGGUUGGAACAAACUGGAGAAGUUAUUGAAGAAGGUAUUGUGGAUGAUAUCAUGAAUGUUGACAUUGGAUAG